AUGUCGCAAGACGACGCUUUCCAGCUCUAUGACCUUCGUGUCGAGGUUGUUUGCCCUCCAGGCGAGAGAAUACUCUGCGGAGCCAAACCAGGAGACUACUUCAUCCUCCAAGGGGAGAUGAUGUAUUUGCCUCCAAAUCAGGGCAUCAGCAUCUACAGCUUGUCGGCAGUGCUCCCCCUUCUACCAGCCAAGCAACGUAUCACUCACAAGAACGACUGGAUGACCACUGAUGCAUUGAUUGCUUGCCCGGAUCCAAACUGCCCCUCACAGCUGAAGAUUACAAGACAGGGCAUUCGUACCUUCAGCCAUGCCGAGACGACAGUGGUGCCCCUUCAACAAAACACAAACACGCAAACAUAA